CAAGUCACUCCAUGGCGAAAGGAAGAAUCCAAGAAGACACUUAUUCUCACGGCCCAUCAAUUAAUCAUUUUGGUGGGAGAGGUGCAUUGAAUAUUGCCGAGGAGGAAAUAAGUUCCCCACUUAUUCCUCAUUCGGGUCUACCACCAACAAUUGGUGGAAUGAGUUAGCAUUAUGGAGCAAUAAUUUGGGUAUUUGUACAUACCAUUUGGAAGAAUUCGGAGGGAAGACUGGGACACAAGCCGAGCUUGACCCUUUCCUUUAAUGGAUUUGCCUUUAUUUCCAUUUGAUUUGAAUGAAGUUUCGCCAUUGUCAGCAUCGGAACAUGCAGCUUUUGAAGGUGUUUCUUUCCCUACGUCUCCCGAAGCAGCCAUAACCGAACUCCUCUUCAAUGGACGUCGAGCUCGAAACAAUCCAAACCUCGGGGCUGGACGUCCUUCAGCUGCAAGUCUUGCAUAUCUUUCAGCUCCAGCGACUGUGCACACCGGGCAUAACACGUCACCUGCAGAACAAACAGAAGAAACCCAACAGCAGACGCGGAGCAAGCGAAGGUUGUCAAUGGAGUUAAGCCAAGAAACAACCACCUUUUACACCUUACCAACUGAGGAUGACCCAUAUAGAACCAUACAGUCAAAAAAGUUCAUUCCAAAAAUCAUGUUUGUGGCAGUAGUGGGGAGGCCAAGGUUUGGGGAAAGUGGUGAAACUUUGUGGGAUGGGAAGGUUGGAAUUUUUCCCUUUACAUAUGAGGAAGCUGCCAAAAGAAACAGUAAGAACAGGCCUGCUGGAACAUUGGAAACCAAGCCAGUAGAUGUUGUAAACAGGCAAGUAAUGAAGGCAAUGAUGCUUACUAGAGUCAUACCAGAAAUAAAGUCUAAGUGGCCUGAUGCUCAUAACAAGCACAUUAUCAUACAACAAGAUAAUGCAAAACCACAUGUUGACCCAGCUGACUCUGAAAUUGUACAAGUCUGUCAAGAGAAUGGUUGGGAUAUUAAAGUGCAACUCCAGCCUCCCAACAGUCCUGACUUAAAUGUUUUGGACUUGGGAUUCUUUAGAGCUAUUGACAGUAUCAAAGAUCAAAAAGCUCUAAAGAAUGUCAAAGAUUUGAUUAGUGAUGUGGAAAAAGCCUUUGAAGAAAUGACUCCACAAAAACUGAAUAGGGUGUUCUUAACUUACCAAUGUUGCAUGGAAGAGAUUAUAAAGCAAAAAGGUGGUAACCAGUAUAAGAUUCCACAUAUGGGAAAGGAUAGGUUGGAGAGAAUGAACCAGUUACCAGAUAACAUUCAAGUUAGGAUGGAUGAUGUUGUGGCUGCUCAGAAUUUCAUAGCAUCAGAAGGUGGUUGGUGAAAGUUCAGAUUAUAUCCUUUUUGUGUUUUUGCUACUUGUGUGCAAUGCUAUGAGGACAAGUACUUAUCUAAGUGUACUGUCCAUCUUCAGAUUUUGCUUUUUGGGUUUUUGGGUAUGGAAUUUAUGUAUGUACAUCAGAAGUGGGGAUAAGAUACUUUUAAAAUCCAUCCCCUUUUUUUUGCUUUUUGGGUUUUUGAGUAUGAAAUUUCUGUAUGUACAUCAAAAGUGGUAAUUUGCCAUCAUAGAUCUCAGGAAUGAAGAUGUGGAUUAUUG